AUGGAUAUGGCUGACCUAAUCGGAUCUUGCAAUAUCGCCAGAUCAGACUGCGGUGAUUCAAUGAAUGCUAAAGUUGCUGAGGCUCUUAACCAGGUGGCCCUGCCUGUUGUGCCGUAUGAUACCUGCAAGAGGAUGGACUACUGGUGGUUCCAGGUCAAGACCUCCAUGAUCUGCUGCGGGUACACCCUGCCUGAUGAGCUCCAGUCUGUCUGUCAGGGAGAUUCUGGAGGUCCUCUGGUGUGUCAGGACCACGCCGGUGCUCCCUGGGAAGUUCAUGGUAUCACCAGCUUUGGCCCUAUUGGAUGUAUAAUGAAUAAGAAGCCCUCCGUGUUCACCCGCUCCUCUGCAUACAUCCCCUGGAUCCAAAAUGUCAUCCGUAGAGACUUAUACAAUCAGCACACAUCUGGCUGUGGAGGACCAAAAGACCUGAUUGGCACCGACGGCACCGUGUCCUCGAUGGGUUUCCCUGGCAACUAUGACAACAAAGCCCGCUGCGAGUGGACCAUCCAGGUGCCCGAAGGCCAACUGGUCCACCUGCAUUUCAGCAACUUCUCCCUGGAGGAGACUCAGCUGUGCCUGAAUGACAAAGUCAGCAUCAGAGACGGAGUAGGAAGUCUGGGCACACACUGCAGUCAUGUUCCCCCGACAGACCUGGUGAGUGAUGGAAACAAGCUUCACAUCAGCUUCUCCUCCAACGACAAGGUGGUGGACACCGGCUUCACGGCCACCUGGAGGGGAGUUUCCCCCACGGCGGCUCCUUGUGGAGGGAGCUUCAACACGGCUCAGGGUGAAAUCACCUCUCCUAACUGGCCUAAUGACUACCAAGCCCAGUCUGUGUGCACGUGGCGUAUCACCAUUCCUGCAGCAAAAAGUAUCCGUAUUGGCUUCACGCACUUUGAGCUUCAAGCUGCAAACAUCUUAGGAAACUGUGUGGACUACGUGGAGGUCUUCAACGGAGAAACCAUGGCCUCAUUAGGUCGAUUCUGUGGCUUUGCCCCUCCAUCGACCCUCACCAUACCGGGAGGAUCAGUCGUCAUUCGUUUCCUUAGUAACGGAGCGGAUCAUCAGAAAGGUUUUCGUGGUUACUGGACCAAUGAUGCCGGUGUUAUCCCGACUUUACCUCCUACACCUCCUAACCCAUGGGACAACAUCACUAUCACCUGGCCAGUAGAAUGUGGAAAGCCAGCAGUGAAACCCAAAUCAGCCGCCAUGAGGGUGGUAAAUGGGGUGGAGGCGACCCCCCACUCCUGGCCCUGGCAAGUCUCCAUGCAGGCUUCACCAAUGUCCCUCAUACCUUACAUGCACGGCUGCGGAGGUUCUUUGAUUCAUGAAGAUUGGAUCCUGACUGCUGCUCACUGUUUCAUGUUCCCACUGACCAACCCCUCGUACUGGCGCAUGUGUUUGGGGAAGCACCACAUGAACUCCUCCAUGGACGUCCCCUCAGCAGAGGAAUGCUUUAAGGUGGACGGUAUCAUCCGCCACGAGGGAUUCGUGUACGAGCAGGAUCGCACCGACAUCUCCAACGACAUCGCCCUGGUGCAUUUGGCCACGGCUGUGAACAUGACGAAGGAGAUCAGCCCAGUCUGUCUGCCCAAACCCGGGGCUGUGAUGCCCGCUGGGACGCCCUGCUAUGUCACCGGCUGGGGCGACGAGAAAGGUAACAUGUUCCCCAAAGUGUCCGACAAGCUGAAUCAGGCAGCCCUUCCUAUUGUGGACUUCCAGACCUGCAGUAAACCUGCUUACUGGUGGGAUUCCCUCAGACCCUCCAUGAUCUGCGCUGGCUACGAAUCCCCAGAUGAGCUCAAGUCAGCCUGCCAGGGCGACUCUGGAGGUCCUUUCGCCUGCUCAGACUCUGGAACGACACCCUGGGAGGUGCAUGGCAUCGUCAGCUUCGGACCUCAGGGCUGCAUCAAGGACAAAAAGCCCUCAGUGUUCACCCGCGUGUCCGCCUUCAGCGACUGGAUCGACACCAACAUCAAGAAGUUUAUACAUGAGAGUGGCAAAACCUACUAA